AUGGCGGCACAAGGUCUAGCUGCCACCAACUUGAGGUUGGACUUUCAUCGACAUGGUUCUACUACCAAGAUUCUCAGUUUCUGUGACUUAGUUCCCUCGGUCGGUCUUGUAACCACUGAGCCAGACGAACAUUCCCGGCUGCUAGAUCACACCCAGUCCUCCGAACAGGUCUCCACUGCACACCGGGAACGAAGAUCGUGGGUGCAUGUUUCAGCCAAUACCUUUCGGGUCAUCUGGACGACGGGUGGAAGCAACCCUUUGAAUGUAUUGCUGGUGUUCGUUCCGUUUGGUAUAGUCGCAGGAGCCUUUGCAGUGAAUCCGCCAACUGUUUUUCUUCUCAACUUCCUGGCCAUGAUACCACUGGCUUCCAUCCUAAGCUUUGCGACGGAGGAGUUGUCUGAUAAACUAGGAAAUACCCUGGGAGGUCUAGUCAACGCGUCCUUCGGGAAUGCGGUAGAGAUGAUCGUCAGCAUAAUCGCCCUCAAGAACAACGAGAUCCAGCUCGUCCAAGCCAGCAUGCUCGGUAGCAUUCUCUCGAAUCUCCUCUUGGUGCUAGGUUGUUGCUUUCUGGCCGGAGGGAUCAAACACCACGAGCAGUUCUUCAACGCAACCGUGGCCUCCACGAUGUCCUCUUUGUUAGCGGUCGCCUCCGCCUCGUUGAUCAUCCCAGCCACAAUAUAUGACACUCUAACCUUGAAACCUCUGGACCGUCAAGAUACCCUUCUCACGAUCUCGCGCGGUACAGCCGUUGUCCUUCUGAUUCUUUACAUAAUAUACCUGAUCUUCCAACUCAAGACGCACUCAAACCUAUUCGACGAAGAAAACCAGCCAGAAGCCAACGACCAAGAAAACGCGCACACCCUCAGUCCUUGGGCCGCAGGGAUGCUGAUCAUAAUCGUCACCGUCACGGUAGCCAUCUGCGCGCACUACCUCAUCAAAGUCAUCGACCCCUUCGUCGAAACAGCCCAUAUCAGCAAGACCUUCACAGGGCUCAUCCUCAUCCCCAUAAUCGGCAAUGCAGCCGAGCACACCACCGCCGUGGUCGUCGCCUGGAAGAACAAGAUGGGCCUGGCCAUCGCCGUCGCUAUGGGCAGCUGCCUGCAGAUCGCGCUUUUUGUGACGCCGGGCCUCGUCGUCCUUGGCUGGAUCAUGGAUCGGCCGCUGUCUCUUCACUUCGGCAUGUUCGAAACCGUGGCUUUUGCAGUCUCUGUCUUUGUCGUUGUGUUGUUGAUUCAGGAUGGCAAGUCGAAUUAUCUCGAAGGAGUCUUGUGUCUGGCUUUGUAUGGUAUUAUCGCUCUUGCUUUUGCCCUUCUUCCCGACCACCCAGCUGGUGUGGGUGGUGGAAAGGUCUUGGACAAUGCAGCCGUUUAG